UCCGACUUCCUGUCAACACAGACUCAGCAGCAAGGCAUGUAUGUGGCUGUUCAGCAGCUGGGCUGCAGGGAUCUCAGUGGGCCCGGGUGCUGGGUACCAGGGAGUUAGGCUGCAGAGAUCUCAGUGGGGGGCUGGGCUACAGGGCCCGGCAAGGUGCUGGGUACCAGGGAGCUGGGCUGCAGGGGAUCCCAGCGAGGCAGGAAGCUGGAUGCCAGGGAGCUGAGGUGCAGGGAUUCCAGCAGGGCACAUUGCUGGGUGUCGUAGUGCUGGGCUGCAGGGAUCAGAGGCAUAGGGUGCUGGGUGUCAGGGAGCUACACUGCAGGGGUCCCAGCCGGACAGGGUGCAGAGUGCCAGGGAUCUGGGCUGCAGAGGUCCCAGCGAGGCAGGGAGCUGGGUGCCAGGGAGCUGACUGGAGCUCUGCAGAGUUCCCAGCAGUGCACUUGCCCCUAGUACACCUCCUACCAUGGCUGGGUCUGACCUAGUGCAGGAGCUGCAGUUGGAGGUUACGUGCUCCAUCUGCACCAAGUACAUGGAGGUGCCUGUGAUGCUGGACUGUGGGCACAACUACUGUGAGGACUGCAUCAGCCAGCACUGGGACAGGGUGGAGGAGGAGGAGGAGCCGAGGCAGUGCCCCCUGUGCCGCCGGUCCUUCCGACAGCGCAGUUUCCGCCAGAACAAGUCGCUGGCCAACGUGGUGGAGAUCGUGCAGCGGUUCCCCGACCAGGAUAAGACCCAGGAUGUGCGCUCCACAUCCAGCUCCACCAUGGGGAAGGACCCCCAGGGGCAGCAGGAGAGUUUCAGGCAGCGUCUGGAGACUCUGAAGAGGGACCUGGAGAUCCUGCUGAGCCUCCCAUGUGAUGGAGAGAUGCGAGAGCACCUGCUCCACUUCCUGCAGGAUGGGCAGCAGAUGAUCCUUCAGAAGCUGCAGGAGAUGGAGGAGAUGAAUGGCACAAGGGAGGAGGGGGAAGAGAGGAAAGAGGAGCCAGACCCAGAGCAGCAGGAUGAAAAUAUCACCUUGACCAGGUCUGGCAGUGAGAAGUCCUUGAAGCCCCGCUCACAGUCACCAGAGCUGUGUGACUGCCGGCUGCCUCUGCUGAACAGUGUCCAGAGGAAACAGAUGAUGGGUUACAGAGUGGAGGUGACUCUGAAUCCUAAAACAGCCAACCCUCAGCUUGUCCUGUCCAGUGACAGGAGGAGUGUGCGUCUUGGAGAUGAGCGGAAGGACCUGCUCAACUGCCAUGAGAGAUUCGACACAGCUCCUUGCGUCCUGGCCGAUGAAGGGUUCUCAUUUGGCAGAUAUUACUGGGAAGUGGAGGUGCGGGAUGCUGGCUGCUGGGCUGUGGGAGUGGCCAGGAAGUCAGUGAAGAGGAAGGGACAUCUCAGACUCACACCUGAGCAUGGCUUCUGGACUGUCGAGAUGCACAUGGGCAAAUACUGGGCUCUCAACACCUCCCCGGCCCUUGUGUACUGCAAGGAGAGGCUUCACAGGGUUGGGAUUUACCUGGACUACACGGAGGGGCGGGUGGCCUUUUACAAUGCUGAUUCCUUGGCCCAUCUCUACACUUUCACCACCUCUUUCACAGAGGAAAUUUUCCCCUUCUUCUACACCAAGGACAAGACGGCCCCACUGGUCAUUAAUAGGUCCGAGAUUGAGGGAUGGAUUCCUCUGACUGAACAGACACAGCCUAGUCCAGCCUCCAUCAUUUGACUUGCAUGUGCCUUCCACUGUCCCUGGCACAGACAGAACAUGAGCAUGUCGCUCACAUCCGCUUGCAGUCAAAUGUCUCAUUUUAAUGCCAUUGAAACACUGCCUUUGGUUUUUUUUUUCUGACUGAAAGUUUGUCAAAGUGAGUGGAAUGGAACAUUUCAAUUUUUCAUUUUGAAGUUUUUCAUUUUAAAUUUUUAAUGUCCAAAUCAGGAGAAAACAUUUA